AUGGACGCUGCAGAUCUGAGAAGAGAAGAGGUUGAAAUAGGCAAAGGAAUACUUGGAGAAGAACACUUGAGCUACUUGGUCAGUUUAGGUAAUUUGGUACUAAUUCUCGAUGAGCAAGGGAAAUCGGAGGAAGCAGAAAAGCUGGGAGUGCAAAUAAAUUAUGAUGGAGACAAGAAAAAGGGUCCUCGGCACAGAUCAUCCUGAGACUCUGACCAGCAUGGGCAAUCUUGCAGGAACUUGGGGAAUCUUAGGUUGCUAUAAGGAAGUAGCAAAACGAAUGGAAUAUUGUCUUGCGCUUCGAAAGAGGGUUCUUGGCAUUGACCUCCCGAGACGAAGUCUACGAUGUUUGCGCUAG